CGUCAGUGUCAAGUUUAUUAUUAUUUUGAAAAGUUGCAUGCACGUGUGUUUCUUAUUAAAUUUAAUGCUUUCUUCAAUAAUAUUUGUACAAACAUGGAUGCUUAUGAUAUAUUCAAGAAGCUAACGAAGGGGCUAAAAUUUAAACACCGAGUUUUAGGAGCAAAGAACCAACAACAAUUAACUUCUCCAUCUACUCCAUCUAAAGUAAAGAAAGAAAUAGAUAUAAAGGAAGAGAAAGUUAUAAACUGUGUAGAUGUUAACACACAAAAUUAUUCUGGAUCUGAAAUAGAACUGGAUGACAUUAACUUAGCAUCUGAUGAUGACGAUAAUGUUUUAAAGUUGGAGGAUGAAGGUGAUGAAAGUGAUUCAGCAUCUGAUAAUGAACAAGACAGUGAUGUAUCAGAUAGUAAAGAUAAGGGAAAUGAAUUAGGAGUGAAAGAAGAGUUGGAUGCUGUUACUAAACUAAAGAAGACUAAAAAGAAAAGUAAAUUAGACCCUGAAGUUUUAAAAAAGAAACUUGAAUUAGAAGAGCAAAACCAUUUUCGCAACUUGCACGGCAUCAAGGCAGUUGGACGACACAUACCAAAAGCUUUAGAAGAUUUCACAGAAGUUGUAGCUAGGUAUAAUGUUGCUCAGACAUUAGUCAACACAGUGGUGCAAUGUGGCUACUCAGAACCUACACCAAUCCAGCGACAAGCCAUCCCUUGUAUAUUAGAGGGACGUCAAAUAGUAGCCUGUGCACCAACAGGCUCAGGUAAAACUGCAGCUUUUCUAGUCCCGUUGCUACAUCUACUGGGUGCUCCGUGUGGCGGCCCGAGAGCCCUGGUGCUCUGCCCCACGAGGGAGUUGGCUCAUCAGAUCUACCGUGAAGCAUUGAGAUUGUCUGCAUCAACCCAAUUGAGAUGCACUGUCAUUAAGAGUGUUAAAGAGAGUAAAAUUAAGGAACGGGAGAAUACUAUAAAGAAAAGUGAUUUAGUAAUAAGCACACCUAACCGCUUGUGUUACCUACUCAAUCAAGAUAAUGCAGGCAUCAGUUUAGAAAAGGUGCAGUGGCUCAUCAUCGACGAGGCGGACAAGCUGUUCGAAGGUUCCCUGGAGGAAGUCAACACCUUCAGGCAGCAGCUGGACGUGGUUCUCGCCGCCUGCCGCGCCAAGCUUGCCAUGUUCAGCGCCACGCACACGCCGGCGCUUGCCAAGUGGGCGCGCCACCACAUGCGGGGACUCAUCAACGUCACUGUAGGACUCAGGAAUGCUGCAGCCUCCACAGUGGAGCAGGAGCUUCUAUUUUGUGGGAACGAGAACGGGAAACUCGUUGCGUUCAGGCAGCUGGUGCAAAAGGGACUCAAGCCACCUGUUUUAGUGUUCGUCCAGGGCAAAGACCGCGCGAAGCAGCUGUUCAAGGAGCUGAUCUAUGACGGCAUAAACGUGGACGCCAUUCACGCUGACAGGACGCAGGCGCAGCGGGACAACGUGGUGCGCAGUUUCCGCGUGGGGCGCAUCUGGGUGCUGAUCUGCACGGAGCUGAUGGGGCGCGGCAUCGACUUCCGCGGCGUCAACCUCGUCGUCAACUACGACUUCCCGCCCUCCGCCAUCUCCUACAUACACAGGGUAGGGCGGGCGGGGCGCGCGGGGCAGCGCGGCAAAGCGAUCACUUUCUUCACGCAGGACGAUGUCGUCAACCUUCGGAGCAUAGCGUCAGUGCUGAAGCAGUCGGGCUGCGCGGUGCCGGCGUACAUGCUGGCGCUGCAGCAGAACGCCAACAAGAGGAAGCGGCUGCUGAAGAAGGCGCCGCACCGCGACAAGAUCUCCACCAAACUUGACAAACCCGAGAAGCUCAGUCCAGAAAGAGCGAAUUCGCCGCGAUUCUCUCGCGCGUAUUACGCGCGACUAUUGCGUCCACAUGGAGGAAAGUCGAAGAAAAAUCGGGUGAAAAUGAAGCUGACAAGGCUAAAGACACGAAAUCAAUUGAGAAUAGUAAAAAUAAAAAACAAAGGAAAGUAGUCAACACAGAGUCCAAUAACAAAAAACAAGUAGUUGUGAAAGAAAAAGGAAAAGAGAAAGGAAAGAAAAAAGUAAACAAGAAGGAAAUGAAGAAAAGUAAUUUAGGGAAAAGGAAAAAGAAAAGUUUUUCAAAGACUGUGGUAAAGAAUUGACAAUAAAUUAAUUUUAAUAAUAGUAAUAAU